AUGGUGGCCGCGCCGUGCGCCCGGAGGCUGGCCCGGCGCUCUCACUCGGCGCUGCUCGCGGCGCUCACGGUGCUGCUGCUGCAGACGCUGAUCGUGUGGAAUUUCAGCAGCCUCGACUCCGGGGCCGGCGAGCGCCGUGCGGGCGCAGCAGCCGGCGGCGCCGAGCAGCCGCCCCCGGCCCCGGCCCCGCGCCGGGAGCGCCGGGACCUGCCCGCCGAGCCGGCUGCAGCCCGAGGAGGAGGUGGCGGCGGCGGCGGCGGAGGAGGAGGAGGACGGGGGCCGCGGGCGCGGGGAGGCGGCCCCGGAGAUCCGCGGGCGCAGCAGCCGGCCCGCCGCGGGGCACUGCCCGCCCGGGCACUGGAUCCGCACCCGAGUCCACUGAUCACCCUGGAGACCCAGGAUGGCUACCUCUCCCACCGGCCGAAAGAGAAAGUGCGAACAGACAGCAACAACGAGAACUCAGUCCCCAAGGAUUUCGAGAACGUAGACAACAGCAACUUCGCACCCAGGACUCAAAAGCAGAAGAACCAGCCCGAGCUGGCGAAGAAGCCACCGAGCAGACAGAAGGAGCUGCUGAGAAGGAAGGCGGAGCCACAGGAGAGGGGGAAGGGACAUUCACUCCUGGGCAGAGGCCCCAGUGAGGCGGUGGCCCCCCACGAGAGCACUGCAGCCAACAGCAGCCGCGGGAAGGCCGCCCCCCGCCAGCCCCACGCCAGGAAGAGCGGGGCCAGCUCCCCCGAGAGCAAGCACGACCAGCCUCCCAAGUGUGAGAUCUCCGGCAAGGAGGCCAUCUCCGCCUUGUCCCGCUCCAAGUCCAAGCACUGCCGCCAGGAGAUCGGGGAGACCUACUGCCGCCACAAGCUGGGGCUGCUGAUGCCGGAGAGGGUGACGCGGUUCUGCCCCCUCGAGGGCAAAGCCAACAAGAACGUGCAGUGGGACGAGGACUCUGUGGAGUACAUGCCGGCCAACCCGGUGAGGAUCGCCUUCGUCCUGGUGGUCCAUGGCCGUGCCUCCCGGCAGCUGCAGCGCAUGUUCAAGGCCAUCUACCACAAGGACCACUUCUACUACAUCCACGUGGACAAGCGCUCCAAUUACCUGCAUCGGCAAGUGCUGCAGUUCGCCAGGCAGUACAGCAACGUCCGCGUCACCCCCUGGAGGAUGGCCACCAUCUGGGGGGGAGCCAGCCUCCUGUCCACCUACCUGCAGAGCAUGCGUGACCUCCUGGAGAUGCCCGACUGGCCCUGGGACUUCUUCAUCAACCUCAGCGCAGCCGACUAUCCCAUCAGGACGAAUGACCAGCUGGUGGCAUUUCUCUCCCGAUACCGAGAUAUGAAUUUCUUGAAGUCGCACGGCCGGGACAAUGCAAGGUUCAUCCGGAAACAGGGCCUGGACCGGCUCUUCCUGGAGUGCGACGCCCACAUGUGGCGCCUGGGGGAUCGGCGGAUCCCGGAGGGCAUCGCGGUGGAUGGCGGCUCCGACUGGUUCCUCCUGAACCGGAAGUUCGUCGAGUACGUGACAUUCUCCACGGACGACCUGGUGACGAAGAUGAAGCAGUUCUACUCGUACACCCUGCUGCCCGCCGAGUCCUUCUUCCACACGGUCCUGGAGAACAGCCCCCACUGCGACACCAUGGUGGACAACAACCUGCGCAUCACCAACUGGAACCGCAAGCUGGGCUGCAAGUGCCAGUACAAGCACAUCGUGGACUGGUGCGGCUGCUCCCCCAACGACUUCAAGCCACAGGACUUCCAUCGCUUCCAGCAGACCGCCCGGCCCACCUUCUUCGCCCGCAAGUUCGAAGCCGUGGUCAAUCAGGAGAUCAUCGGGCAGCUGGACUAUUACCUGUAUGGGAACUACCCGGCGGGCACCCCGGGCCUCCGCUCCUACUGGGAGAACGUCUAUGACGAGCCCGACGGCAUCCAGAGCCUGAGCGACGUGGCGCUCACCCUGUACCACUCCUUCGCCCGCCUGGGGCUGCGCAGGGCAGAGGCGUCGCUGCACACGGAUGGGGAGAACAGUUGCAGGUACUACCCGAUGGGCCACCCUGCCUCCGUCCACCUCUACUUCCUUGCCGACCGCUUCCAGGGCUUUCUGGUCAAGCACCAUGCGACCAACCUGGCCGUGAGCAAACUGGAGACUCUAGAGACGUGGGUGAUGCCCAAGAAGGUCUUCAAGGUCGCGAGUCCUCCCAGUGACUUCGGGAGGCUUCAGUUUUCCGAGGUUGGCACCGACUGGGACGCCAAGGAGCGGCUGUUCCGCAACUUCGGGGGCCUCCUGGGGCCCCUGGAUGAACCGGUGGGCAUGCAGAAGUGGGGCAAGGGGCCCAACGUGACCGUGACCGUCGUCUGGGUGGACCCCGUCAACAUCAUCGCAGCCACCUACGACAUCCUCAUCGAGUCCACUGCCGAGUUCACCCACUACAAGCCCCCUUUGAACUUGCCGCUGCGGCCUGGGGUCUGGACGGUGAAAAUCCUCCACCACUGGGUGCCCGUGGCAGAGACCAGGUUCCUGGUGGCGCCUCUGACCUUCUCCAACAGGCAGCCCAUCAAGCCAGAGGAGACCCUGAAGCUGCACAACGGGCCCCCGCGCAGUGCCUACAUGGAGCAGAGCUUCCAGAGCCUGAACCCGGUCCUCAGCCUGCCCAUCAGCCCCGCCCAGGUGGAGCAGGCUGGGAGGAACGCAGCGGCCACGGGCACAGCGCUGGAGGGCUGGCUGGACUCGCUGGUGGGCAGCAUGUGGGCCACCAUGGACGUCUGUUCCACAGGCCCCACCGCCUGCCCCGUCAUGCAGUCCUGCAGCCACACAGCAUGGAGCUCCUUGAGCCCUGACCCCAAGUCGGAACUGGGGGCCGUCAAACCCGACGGCAGGCUCAGGUAGCACCGGGCACACGUGUGCCACGGUGGGAUCUCACUGGGAAAGCAGCCAGAGGGGCUGGUGGGUUCUCAGCCCUGGCGUCCCACGCAAGGGGCCCAGCUGGCUGCAGAGUGAUGGAGAAGAAAGGUCUGGAAGCCGGGGCAGGGUCGCCAACAACCUGCAGCUGGCCAGCUGGGAGGCGGCUCCAUGCCGGCGGUGGUCUCACCUCUCGGGUCGAGCUUCAGGUCCUGCAGCUUCCUCGUCUCCCCCGACCCCAGCAGCCCACCCCUCCCACCCUGAGCAGCAGCACUUUGGUGGCUCGGCGCAGAGGUAGGCAGAGGUUCAGGGUGCAGCUGAAGCCCAAGCUACAGAGUGAGAGGUCCCCUCCCCGGGCGCAGCCCACUGGGCCAUCUCCGCCAAGGGCAUCUGCUGAGGACCCUCUUCAGAACACAAGGGCUCUGUAAAAGCCAGUGUGACAGCACUGCCCAAGCCUCCUGUUCCAGCCCCAGCCCCAGCCUUCUGCUUCUCUUUCCGCUUCUCUCCAGCCAGCCCCGGGAGCCCACGUCCUAGCCCUUUCCCAGGGAGGAGGCAGGCUCGCAAGGGCUCCAAGCCUCCCGUGAGUCCUUUGUGGACUGAGCUGUCUGUGUAACUAGACGGGCAGGAAACCCUUUUGCUGUGCCAUGGCCAAGGCCCCCCAGCAGUGUGGGUGGCCGGCCCACACUCCCCCUCCCCUGAGGCUGCCACAUUUGGUAACAGAAAUGGGCUGAUGCUUUGAGACAGGAGCUUCGAGUCUCCAAGCCAUUCGGGACCUCUUUGUUCCUGGAAGUCGGGAGCUUAGAGGACCAUGGCCAUGAGACUCGCAGACCUGCCGGGAGCAGAACUCCUGAGCUGGAUGGCACAGCAAUACCGGCACCCGCCGGGGCCCUUCUGGUCUGAGCUCAGGCAGCGAAGCCUCUGACUGGCACACUCAGGGCUGCCGGGAGUGACCACAGCGCUGGACCAGACGCGCCGCCUCCGGGAAGCUGUGUUGCAGGUUGGGUUUUUAAUUCCCUGCCCUUCCUUAUCGGAGCUGCCAGGCAGUCCACCUGGACACCCGACGCGAAUAGGAGAAGGCCGGGUCUCACAAACGGGGCAGCUUGUUUAAAGAUCAAAGCUCCUGUUAGUCACCGGGCUCCAGUUACCAGAAAUCGGGGUCGGGGGUGGGGGCUCUCCUUCUCGUGCUCCCCCUGGAGGCCCACCCUGCUUCCUGCCAUCCCACCUCCCUGGGAAAAGGCACGCCCUGCUUGCCAGCUGUCCCCGUGGGUUGGAGGACACGGCCCGCUGCCCCCGCCCAGCGAGGCAGGAUGGCCUGCUGGCCAUGGAGGACGUGGAGAAGGGACACUUUCAGUAUUUAUUAUUUCUCUGUUUUAGUCCAUGACUAAUUCGUAGGUGCUGUUUUCGCAGCUUGUCCAUUAUGUUCUCUUACUAACUGAAGCUGCCUUUGUUCACAAAAGGCUCCCUCCCCUUCCCUUUCUCCGUCUGUCCGCCCUGCACCCACCUUGUCCUCAGAGGAAAGGAGGUGUGUUGGACCCCAGGAGGAGAAAGCUUCGAACCGCGUCACCCGCCAGCUGGAAGUAGGGAGCCCUUGGGACCCCUGGAGCCCCACUUUUCCUUCUGCAGGGUGGGGAUUCCUGAGCCGCGCCCACCCCAGACUCGGGGCUAUGCCAGGCGGGAGGCCCAAGGCAGGACUGUGCUGCAGGACUGUGCUGCGUGCGGGCACCUGAGCCAGCCUCGCGGGCUCCCUCCAGGGCUUCCUCUAGCCGAUCUCACUUUGGGCUUGGAAGUGACAGAGGCAGAGGAAAGGGGGCUCCUUCAGAGGGGGGUCCAUGGUAGGCAGCAGGGGAGACCCCGUGGGCACCGUCCGGGUGCGGGCUGCCGUCCACGGCAGGGCCAGCGACCUCAGAGCCCCCGGGGUGGUCUCACAGACUACAGGAACCCUGCCCUGGGGGCCACAUCCUCUUUCUGCCCCCAGCGUCCCUGGGCUGCUGUAGCCGCAUGGACAGCCUUUCCUUCCACCUUCCUUGCCUGGCCUCUGGGGGCUGCACAUCCCCAGACAGGGCCCUCGCCCUCAUGAACAUCUCACUUUCUCCCACCCGGAAACCAGAGCAGAAACGACAGAGCCAGCUUCCUCUGGGGACCAUCCCCCCUCUCCCCAAGCCUCCCCCCACCGACUCCUCCUCCUCACAAGGGAUUCCAGAGCUGAGAAGCCAGGUGGGCGUUCCUUUGUCUCCGGUGUUUUGGGACCAGAGAAUAAGUUUGCAGAUUUCCAUUUGGUUAAACAAAGAGAAUUCCAAGCGCAGCCCCCUGUGAUGUGAGAAAGGGAGAGCCUUUCCCUGGGAGAGGAUACUGUAACUCCUUUUAUUUUGUGUCCCCCUCCCCCCCAGCAUGAGAAGGGUUUAUCGGAGGCCAUCCUUCAGGCAGCCUUGAGCUGUGGCGGCUCCAGGAUUCCGAGGGCAUGGAGCCGAGGUCGCCGCAGGCCACAUGGCCGUCUGCAGAGUGGCAGCAGGGCAGGCUCAGCUCGGACUAGGUCCCUGGGAGCUCAGAAGGCGUGGAGGUAGGACUUGGGGGUAGAUGUCUGGGGUUGGGGGAGGAAGCUCCCAUGGGCUGGGCACAGUUCCCCACCCAGCCCAUAAUUCUAAGGCAGACACGGAGCUCUGCACAUGGCCGGGCCCAGCCCUGCUGCCCAGCACCCUGGCUCCCAGGCUCCCUGGGUGUAAGAAGUACACUAGGUCCUCCUCUUGGAAAAAGACCUCCUGGUGGGACCAGGGCUCAGGCUGGCUUGAUUUCCUAUCAUCAGUUUCACUUUUAAAAUGCCACAUGAGAGAGAUCACACAGUCCCCCACCCCAGAGGGGCAGCUUACAGCUCCUCUGGGCACCUGUGUGGCGGGUGGGGCCCCUGUGCCCUCUGGUUGUCUGUUUUGCAGAUAAGAGGUGGACACGGGCUGAAACGCUGGCCUCGUGGCUGAGCAGGCACCAGGCAGAGAGCAGCAGCAGCUGGGUGUGGGGCACAGCCACGUUCACUGCGGGGUGGGGGGACGUGCAGGCAGUGGUCCGCCUACUCAGCCUUAGGGAUGGCGAGGAGGGCAUUCCAGACCAAAGCCACACCCUGUGGCGGCUGGGUCCUGGACGCAAGCCUGCAUGAGUGGAGCCGCUCCUGUUAGACGAGGGCACGCCCGAGUCCACGGUCGUCCCGGCAAGCCUGUGCCUGGUCCAGCGCCCACUGUCCCUGGGUGUGAGUCUAAGUCCAGUGCGGCACAGACUUCCACUUUGGCAAAGGGAGCCACGGACCCAGGUUUUUGUAGGAAAUCUAGAUGUUCAAUGUUGGCUAUUUAAAACAACCAAGAGUAUGGAUGAAGAAACAUUUCAUAGUUCCCCCUUGGGCACUGCCAGCAACCUCUGACCUCUGGGGCCGGGGAGUUCAGGGGCUGCCCUGAUGGAAGAGGAAGAAGCUGGCAUUAGGGCAGGGUAAAAAGGGAUGGCUCACGUGGGACCGGCCCCUCCCCUCCCGGAGACGGCCCCGCAGAGGGGGACGCUCGUGGUCAGCUCUCCUGGUCCCAGGACACCUGGUGCUAAGCAGAAGGAGCAAGAUUGGGGGUGCUAAGCCGCUGCUGCUUAGACACACAGAGGUUCAUGACUGCCUGGGUCUACACCGUCAUGCCGGGCAGACGAGGUGAGGGCAGGGUCCAGGAGGGCCGGGGUAGGGCGAGAGGCAGCUGGGCCCGCUCCAAAGCCCAGGUCUUGGCUGCACCUUCCAACCCGUGCAGCCUCUGCGGGAGCCGCACGGGGCCGUCCUCGCUCAUGGGAUGUCCUCUCUGCUUCUGCCUCAUGGGUCUACCACAGACGCUACCUCAUUGUGUCUGCUGAGACGUUUACCUGGCGGGGGAGAGGUGUCCAGAUGUGCUGGGGCUGAAUGUACGAUCUAUGCAAACCCCCCGCCCCAUCUCAGUCUGUCUCCCUUUCCUCCUCCCCCCCCCCCCCUUCUCUCAGAAGUAUUUCUUUCUGUAACCUUGCAAACGGGAUGCUGUACAGGACCCUCUAGGACAGGAGGGCUUCCCACGCCUGUGUGUCUCCCUCCUGCGGUCCUUGCUUCUGUUCUCGCCGAGCCCGUGUCAGGAGAAAGCGGCCUCUUCUCCCUCCACUUGGCUGGGGAAUCCUCCCCCCACCUCUUCACCGGGAAGCAGGUGCUGCCCCCUUGCGCCACCCACCCCCAUGAACACAGUGUUCUCCAUUCUUCAUUCCCGUCCCACUUGCUUCCCCCCAGUCCUUCUCACCCAUGCCCCCCAAAAAGCCUUAGGUUCCUCCUUUUUGAGAUGUGGCCUUACAAUUAUUUUUGGGAAGCUGACCGUCCUCCCCGCCCCAUCCCCACCAACGCCACAGAAAACAGAACGCCCGCGAGGCCGUGGGCAGCCCUUGGCACCAAGGUCUUCCAUAGGAGAAAUGGGCUUCUUGCCUUUCCUAUGGGCAAAACAAAGGCGUGGGUGCUCCAGGGAACCGCAGCCAGCUCCCGCAGCCUUCUCUGAGCCUGUGGGGCCACUGGGACAAGCUGGGUGCUCACAAGCGCCUCCCCGACCUGCCCCUCCCCUGUGACUGGGUGAGUCAGGAGAGGUGCUCCGUCCAUCUCUUCCUCCUUCCCGCCUGGAAAGCGCUGGCGGUACGUCUCCCCGUGAAGGGUCGUGUUCUCAAAGCGAGCACCCCACCCCACCUCCGGACGACACCUCCUUACCCUCCUAUCGCUCAGUGUUGAUGGAGGCCAAAGACAACCCCAGGGUUUUCAUAGGAAAUUCACUGGAAUUGAGCGCAAUUGUCUUUGUAGUCCCUUCGUCUUUUUUUUUUUUUUUUUAAAGAUAACAAUUACGUUGUCGAUAAGCGUUUAUUUGGGUACUUGUUAGAGAGGCCUCACAAUAAGUUAUUGUCCCCUUCAUUGUUCUCAAAGACAUGUGGUGAUAUAGUUUUUAAAAAUAACUAUUUUGUUAUAGAUCAUAAUAUGCAUAAAACUGUACAGAAAUAUUUUGUAAUGUAUUGAUUUUAAAAAAGAAUCUGUAAAUAAAGUUUUAAAAGAGAGAGAAUGAAUUCAAAUGGCACACUCUGAAAGAUGUAGAUAUUUUGCUAUUUAUUUAAAGGAGUAUUUUAAGAGAUAUUGGACUAUCUGAAAUUAACCAACACUCAAAGUUCCAAUCACCCAGAUACUUCUCCUCCAGGUAGAAUGUGUGGGUCUCAGAAACAACUGCGUAACCUGCCCAUUUUUUGCACCUCUUCUGUCUUUUCAUUUAGCAGGAAAACAACAACAACAACAAAAUUGUGCCUUAGCUGUAUUUUUUUGUCUAGGGGAGUUUGUUUCUGUCCGACAAAGCAAAACUUUUGCAGAAAACAGUGGAUGUAUUAAAUACUGUAUCAUACCAAAAACACUGCAGGUGUAUAUAAAUGCUUUCUGUCAUACUGUGUUUUCAGAUGCAGAAUUUUAAAAUUAAAAAAAA